AUGGCUGAUCUACGAGGACGUAAGAUCUUCAAGGUCUUCAACCAGGAUUUUAUUGUGGAUGAACGAUACAAUGUCACUAAGGAGCUGGGUCAAGGUGCAUAUGGUAUUGUCUGUGCCGCCACGAACAUUCAAACCGGUGAAGGUGUUGCUAUCAAGAAAGUCACCAAUGUCUUCAGCAAGAAGAUCUUAGCUAAGCGUGCCUUGAGAGAAAUUAAGUUACUCCAACAUUUCCGAGGCCACCGCAAUAUCACUUGUCUCUAUGACAUGGACAUUCCGCGCCCAGAUAACUUCAACGAAACGUAUCUGUAUGAGGAGUUGAUGGAGUGUGAUCUCGCCGCUAUUAUCCGUUCCGGACAACCCUUGACCGAUGCCCACUUCCAGUCCUUUAUUUAUCAGAUUCUGUGUGGCCUGAAGUACAUCCACUCGGCCAAUGUUUUGCAUAGAGAUUUGAAACCCGGAAACUUGCUGGUCAAUGCCGAUUGUGAACUCAAGAUUUGCGAUUUCGGAUUGGCGCGUGGUUUCUCGAUUGACCCGGAAGAGAACGCAGGUUACAUGACCGAAUAUGUCGCGACAAGAUGGUACCGUGCUCCGGAAAUCAUGUUGAGCUUCCAGAGUUAUACUAAAGCUAUCGAUGUGUGGUCUGUGGGCUGCAUCCUGGCCGAACUCCUCGGCGGCCGCCCCUUCUUCAAGGGUCGUGACUAUGUCGACCAGCUCAAUCAAAUCCUACACUACCUGGGCACUCCGAACGAGGAGACCUUGAGCCGCAUCGGCUCUCCCCGGGCCCAGGAGUACGUACGCAACCUGCCUUUCAUGCCCAAGAUCCCCUUCCAGCGCUUGUUCCCCAGUGCCAACCCCGAUGCGCUUGACUUGCUUGACCGCAUGCUGGCCUUUGACCCCUCGUCGCGUAUCUCGGUUGAAGAGGCCUUGGAGCACCCAUACCUGCACAUCUGGCACGACGCAUCGGACGAGCCGACAUGCCCCACAACCUUCGAUUUCCACUUCGAAGUGGUGGACGACGUACAGGAGAUGCGUCGUAUGAUCUACGAGGAAGUCGUGCGCUUCCGUGCCGUCGUCCGGCAGCAGUCCCAGGCGCAGGCCGCCGCUGCUGCGCAACAGCAGCAGAUCGCCCAGCAGACCAACGUCCCAAUCCCCGAGAACCAACAGGGCGUCUGGAAGCAAGAGGAGCCCAAGCCUCAGGAGGCGCUCGCCGCGGGCGGUGGCGUCCACAACGAUCUGGAAUCGUCGCUGCAGCGUGGAAUGGACGUACAAUAA